AUGGAAAUUCGCACAUGGCCUGAUUAUGCUGAAAAUGCUUUAGGUUUUGAUCCAGGUGAAGCUAUUUUAGCCAGGGCUAGUGCAUCAGAAACUAUUUUUCGUGAUGGUUUUGAUAUUUCUUUACCAUUGUUUCACAAAGAACACCCUGAGAAAGGUGGAGCCGCACCUGCUGCUACUGCUAAUCCAUUUCCAGCACCAAAACGACAUCUGCUAGCAUUUAAAGGGAAACGAUAUGUACAUGGUAUUGGAAGUGAAACAAGAAACUCCUUGUGGCAUUUACAUGAUGGUAAUAACCUUAUAUUAGUGACAACAUGUCGCCAUGGAAAAUCUUGGAAAGACUUGAGAGAUGAGAGAUGUGAUGAAGACAAUAAAGAAUAUGACAAAUUUGAUUAUGAACAAUUAUUAGCAAAUUCCACAUUUUGCCUAGUUGCCCGUGGAAGAAGGCUUGGAUCUUAUAGAUUUUUAGAAGCACUUGCUGCAGGUUGUGUUCCAGUGCUUUUGAGUAAUGGAUGGAGGUUACCUUUUGACGAACGUAUUGACUGGCGACGUGCCGUAAUUUGGGCAGAUGAACGUCUUUUAUUGCAGGUACCAGAGCUUGUACGCUCAGUUCCUCCUGAGCGUAUUCUUGCUUUGAGACAACAAACACAAUUGCUAUGGGAGCAGUACUUUUCUUCUAUAGAGAAAAUUGUUUUCACAACAAUUGAGCUGCUGUUCGAGCGUAUACUCGCUCAUCGGUCAUCGAGGCGGCGCGACGCGCUUAUAUGGAACGCGUCGCCGGGGGCACUGGGGACUCUUGCGAGCUACGGUGACUCCCGGGCGCACUUCCCGGUGGCGGUGGUGGUCCCCCCCGCCCCGUCUGCCCCCACUCCCCCCCCGAUCCCGCUGCCUAUGCCCUCCGUCCCCUCCACCGCCCCGCCCCCCACGCCCGGGGAGACCUUCACCGCUCUGCUGUACGUCCAAGCCACGUCGCCGGCCCUUCACAAGCUUCUCGCUAACAUUGCGAGCAGCGAGUUUUGCGAAAAGGUAGUGUUGGUUUGGGAUAGCGAACGCGCUGCACCAACACUAAAGACGCUGGCGCGAAUGGCAGGCGAUGUUCGCGAUCCGUUGCCGGUUAUCGUUAUAGACGCAACCACUCACUAUCCGGGCGAAGGCGUAUCGGCCAGGUGGCAACCGUUGUGGGCGAUUCCAACAGCAGCCGUUUUCUCGUUAGACGGCGACGCACCUUUGCUGGCAGAGGAGUUAGAUUUCGCGUUCCGCGUUUGGCAACACUUCCCCGAGCGCAUUGUUGGCUAUCCAGCCAGAAAUCAUUUCUGGGACGAGGCUAAAGGCGCGUGGGGCUACAGCAGCCGGUGGGGCGGCGCGUACUCGAUGGUGCUGCCGGGCGCGGCGCUGGUGCACCGCGCGGCGCUGGCGCUGUACGCGUCGGCCGCGCCCGCGCUGCGGCUGGCCGUGCGCCGCGCGCGCAACUGCGAGGACAUACUGCUCAACUGCCUCGUGGCGCACACCACGCGCCGCCCGCCGCUCAAGCUGGCGCAGCGCCGCCGCUACAAGCCCGCCCACCACCGCUACAGAUCGUCAUGGAGCGACCCAGAACACUUUGUUCAGAGACAGUCCUGCCUCAAUACGUUUGCAUCAGCAUGGGGUUACAUGCCCCUUGUACGCUCCAUACUUCGUCUCGAUCCAAUACUCUUUAAAGAUCCCGUCUCAACAUUAAGAAAGAAAUACAGAAAAAUGGAGCUGUUAACUUCU